GAACAAUAGAAAUUAAAAUAAAAAAUCAUUCAUUAAAUUCGUAUCACAAAUUUGUUUGUGUCUUUACAAACACACAAACAUAGUAUAUCAUUUUUGUGUAUGCUAAGUUAUGUCCAUAGAACUUCCGUAGAUACCAUUUCUUAUUAACCGACGUUACCGAUAAUUCAAGACAUCAGGCUUAAUAGUACUUCAUUUCUAUUAUGAGUUUCUAAUAUAAUUUAGCAACAACAAAUACACGCAGUGCAUAUAUUUGUAUGAUGGAAAUAGUAUUUAUAUCAUAAAUGAGGUCCUCGUACAACACGUCCGUGUACAAUGUCGGAGCACAGACAAGAAUCUCGUCUUUGUUAUUAAAAGUCGAUUAAAUUGCAGACGAGACCUUGUAAUUAAAUAGAACAGUUAUGUUAAUUUCCACGCAUGUAGAAAAGCAGACUGGUUCAGCAUUUCAUGGCCACCAACCUAUAUCACCUAUCCCCUAAAUAACACGUAUAUUUGAAUCUCGUGUCUUCUAUGCAUCAGGUCAAUUUUUAUCACCUUCGAAGAUAAAAUUAUUGCUCAUAAAAGUAUAGUAAAAAAUUAAAGAAAAUAUAUAAAUUAGCAAUUUCACAAGCAAAACGAUUCUUUUGUGAGCUUAGAUGAAGUGAAUCAGUCAAAUUUAAGAAAUUGUAGGCAUAAAUCAUUUAAUAUAAAAUUAUUUGCUGUUAAUAUGAUACCACAUAAUUGCAUAGAAAAGCGAUACGAGAACAUAAUUAAAUCGCCAAAUGAUACAGCAAGCUACAGAGGCUUAUUAUUGACAAAUAAAUUGAAAAUUUUGCUUAUUAGUAAUCCAACAACUGAUAAAAGUGGAGCAGCAUUAAGUGUACAUAUUGGUCAUGCAAGUAAUCCAGAUGAUUUGCCGGGUUUAGCACAUUUUUGUGAACACAUGUUAUUCUUAGGAACAGAAAAAUAUCCACAAAAAAAUGAAUUUAAUACAUUUUUAUCACAAAAUGGUGGCUCAUAUAAUGCAGAAACAGACACAGAUCAUACUACUUAUUACUUUAAUGUAUAUUCAGAAAAGUUAGAAGAGGCAUUAGACCGUUUCGCUCAGUUUUUUAUAGCACCACUUUUUACAGAAGCUUUAACUGAGUUGGAAUUAAAUGCUGUCCAUCUAGAGUAUGAAAGUAAUAUUGCAAGUGAUGUAUGGCGUUUUCGUCAAUUGGAAAAGUCAGCUGCAAAUCCAAAUCAUCCUUUUUCAAAAUUUGGUACUGGAAAUAAAGAAACAUUAAGUAUUAUACCAAAGCAGAAAAAUAUAAAUGUAAGAGAAAAGCUUCUUGAAUUUCAUGAGACUUAUUAUUCGGCCAACGUAAUGGCAUUAUGUAUACUUGGGAAAGAAAGCUUAGAUGAACUUGAAGAAAUAGUAUUAAAAUUAUUUUCACAAAUAAAAAAUAAAGAAAUUGAAAUACCUGUUUGGACAGAACAUCCCUUUAGUGAACAGGAUUUCCAGACCAAGUGGUACAUUGUUCCAAUAAAAAAUACAAGACAUUUAAAUAUUACAUUUCCUCUACCUGAUUUACGAGAUCAUUACAAAUCUGCGCCAGCAUAUUAUUUCGCAUAUUUAUUAGGACAUGAAGGGAAAGGGUCAUUACUAUCUUCAUUAAAAGAAAAUGGAUGGUGUAAUUCACUUGAGGCAGGCAAACGACUAGGCGGCAGAGGUUUUAACUUCUUUAAUGUUACUGUUGAUUUAACGGAGGAAGGUAUUCAGCAUGUUGAUGAUAUCAUUCUAAUGACUUUCCAAUAUAUUAAUAUGUUAAGAAAACAUGGACCAGUUGAAUGGAUAUACAAUGAAUAUAGAGAUAUUGCGGAUAUGAACUUUCGAUUCAAAGAAAAAUCAUGUCCAAUUACAUAUGUCACACACCUUGUGUAUCAUAUACACGAUUAUCCAAUGGAAGAAGUCUUAGUGGCAGAAAAUAUUUUCAUGUCAUGGGACCCUAAUUCCAUUGAAUGGUUAAUGGGAUAUUUAGUACCAGAGAAAGUAAGAAUUCACGUUAUCGGACAAGCGUAUGAAAGUAUAUGUAAUGAAACUGAAAAAUGGUAUGGUACUAAAUUUAAAAAGGAAAAAAUACCACAAAAAACAAUUGACAGAUGGAUUAACGCUGGUUAUAAUUCAAAUCUUCAGCUGCCACAGAAAAAUAAGUUUAUACCAAAACGAUUUGAUAUAAAACCACAGGAAAAUAUAACUAAAUUUCCUGUAAUUAUUGAAGACACCCCACUUAUGAGAUUAUGGUUCAAACAAGAUGAUGAAUUUCUUGUACCUAAGGCUAAUUUGUUUAUAGACUUUGUCAGUCCAUUGGCAUAUAUAGAUCCACUUAGUUAUAAUUUAACUUACAUGUUUGUACAGUUACUAAAUGAUUCUUUAAAUGAAUAUGCGUAUGCUGCUACUUUAGCAUGUCUCAAAGGGGACAUUUCUUAUAAUAAUUAUGGAAUAACUAUAGCGAUCACUGGAUAUGAUGAUAAGCAACACAUUCUGUUAGAAGCAAUUAUGGAUAAAAUGAUUAAUCUUGAAAUUGAUCCAAAGAGAUUUGAAGCUUUGAAAGAAAAUUAUUCCAGAGCGUUAUCAAAUUUUGAAGCAGGGAAGCCAUAUCAACAUACAGUUUAUUAUCUUGCUGUUUUAUUGUCAGAACGAGUGUGGACAAAAGAUGAAUUGCUAAAAGCGACCUCUCAAUUAACAGUUGAAAGAGCACAACAAUUCAUCCCACAAUUUUUAAGCAAAGUACAUAUGGAGUGUUUAAUACAUGGUAAUAUUACAAAAUCGGAAGCUAUUGAAACUGCUAAGUUAGUAGAAUCAAAAUUAACAAGUGCAAUACCUCAGAUAGUACCACUCUUACCUGGGCAAAUGAUUUUACAUCGUGAAGUUAAAUUAGAAGAUGGUUGUCAUUUUUUGUUUCAAGUAGAAAAUAAGUUUCAUAAAAGUACGUGCACAGAAGUCUAUUACCAAAUUGGUGUACAAUCAACAGAAUCAAAUAUGUUAACAGAGCUUUUAGCACAAAUUAUUGCAGAACCAUGUUUUACUACCUUAAGAACUAAGCAACAAUUGGGAUAUAUUAUUUAUAGUGGCGUUCGAAAAGCACAUGGUGUACUAGGUUUAAGGAUAAUACUUCAAAGUGACAGACAUCCAAAAUAUGUUGAACAGCAGAUCGAUGCAUUCAUGCACUCUAUGCUGAAACACAUAUCAAACAUGUCUGAAGAAGAGUUUAAUAGACACAAAGAAUCAUUGGCAAUGCAACGUUUAGAGAAACCAAAAACAUUGACUACUUUAUUUACUAUUUUUUGGGGUGAAAUUUCAUCGCAGCAAUAUAAUUUUGACCGAGCAAAUAUUGAGGUGGCAUAUCUGAGAACCAUAAAGCAAGCAGAAAUAUUAAAAUUCUGUGAGGAAAUGCUUGAACCUAGUAUUCAACGUAAAUUAUCAGUGCACAUAAUUUCAACAAUAAGAAAAUCUGAACUAAUGGAAAAUGAUGCAGAUCUAGAAACCGAAUGUAAUACAUCAGGUUCUUAUGAAUAUAAGAAGAUACAUGACAUUACAGAAUUCAGAAUUAGUCAGUCACUGUACCCACUAUUGAAACCUUUCAAUAAUAUACCAAGGAAAGGAUUACUUUCAUCUAAAUUAUAGAAAUUUUAAAGUUGUGUUUAACAAUUGUGCAUUAAUUUCCAAAUGAUGUACCUAUAAAUUGUAACAUACACCAAUUGAUAUAGAGUGAAAUAAUUUUACCAUACUCUGUUACAUAAAAAAGGAUUUAAAUAAAUA